AUGUCCGAGUGGGAGACAUCUCCAACCAAGUCUGGCCUCGUUUCUAUUGGCACCCAUCGACUGUACGUGUCUGUCAGUGGUCCAGUCCGCCGCCAUUCGCCCCUCGACGGCCGGGGCGGAGAUGAUCCACUUGUGAUCAUUUUUCCCGGAUCAGGAGAAUCUUCGACUUCUUGGCCACGCGUGCAAGAGGAUGUUUCUAAAUUUGCCCGCAUCUUGCUUUAUGAUCGAACGGGGCUAGGGCAAAGUGAUGAGGCGCCACAUGUCCCUACGAACAGAGCAGUCACUGCAGCCGAAGAGCUUCGCAUGUUGCUGGAAGUCAUUCAAGUCCCGGGCCCUUAUAUCCUAGUCGCGCAUUCAUACGGAGCAAUCCCAUCUCGGGAGUUUCUACAUCUCAAAAAUGACAGUGUCGGAGGGAUGGUGCUGGUUGACAGUGCAACGGAGCGGCAGCCCGAGUAUUUCAGCUUGCCAAAUCCAAACUUUAUAGCUGUUUUGGGAGAUUUAAAUUACUCACAGGUUACGGGGCUCAAGGCUAAUUCUCAAUUGUCGCGUGAGGAAUGGAAGACGCGAGCGAUCGCUAUUAGCCAAGGAGCCAAGGCAUACGCGGCGGAAGAAGCAGCGUUUUACGAAGUCUGCGAGACGUUGGGCAAGAAGAAUCAAAUAAGUGAAAAGGUUCUGGGCAGUCGUCCGCUGAGUGUGAUCAAUUGCCAGUCUGUUAAAGAUUAUGAAAAGGUCUAUGAGGCUGGCGUGAAGGCCGGGAAUGGGACACCAGAACAGCAGCAAAAGGUUCGUCAAUGGCUAGAUCGAUGGGAUAUUUGUGCCAAGGAGUUGCAUCGAGAGCUAUUGAAGCUUUCAUCUUUGACGCGAUGGGUUGAGGUUGACUGUGGGCAUAAUAUCAACAUCCUACGGCCAGAUGCGAUUGUUCAGGAAACCCGGUGGGUGAUACAGAACAUGGCAACGAAGUCAUCUUUGUAG